AAUAUAUUUAUAAAAUUAAUAAAUACAAUAAUAUUAUUAUCAUUAAUAAUUGUUGUAUUAUUAGUAUUAUUAUUAUUAUUAUUACAAUUACUGCAACAAUAUGAUGAAGUCAUCAAUAUUUAUAAAAGAAGCAGUAAAAAAUUUCAAUUUAAAUUCAAUAUUAACAACAACGAUGAUAAUAAUAAUAUUAAUAGGAUUAAAUACAAAUACAAUAAUAAUUGUAAAUGGUUUAGCAGAAUCUUCAGCAUUAAAAUCAUCAGGAACAUCUACAAGAAAAUCAUCAUCAAUAUUAGUUGGUUCUGGUGCUGUAAAUUUAAUUGGUUCACCAAAUGGUAUAACAUUAACACAAAAUGGUUUAUUAGCACCAUCAUCAUCAUCAUCAUCAUCAUCAUCAUCGACAUCAUCGGGUUCACAGUCAUCAUCAAUAGGUAUAACAUCAUAUACGGGUACAAUAUCAGGUACAUCUGGGACAAUAUUAAAUGUUGGUUAUGGCAACGAAUAUCAUCAAAUAAAUAUAUCAUCAUCUACAUUGAUGCCGGAUGAUAUAACAACUGAAUUUAUUAAUGAUACGGAUAUAAAUGGUACAUUAUCAGAGGAACCACCCGAAUUACGUUAUACUAUACCACAAAUGGUAAUAUUAGCAAUUGUUGCAAUUAUAUUAAGUAUAUUAACAGUUGCUGGUAAUGUUAUGGUUAUGAUAUCAUUUAAAAUUGAUAAACAAUUACAAACGAUUAGUAAUUAUUUUUUAUUUUCAUUGGCAAUUGCUGAUUUUGCAAUCGGUUUAAUAUCUAUGCCAUUAUUUGCCGUAUCAACAAUAUUAGGUUAUUGGCCAUUAGGACCGCAUAUAUGCGAUACAUGGCUUGCAUUAGAUUAUUUAGCAUCAAAUGCAUCUGUAUUAAAUUUAUUAAUAAUAAGUUUUGAUAGAUAUUUUAGUGUUACAAGACCAUUAACAUAUCGUGCAAAACGUACAACAACACGUGCAGCAAUUAUGAUAAGUGCUGCAUGGGGUAUUAGUUUAUUAUUAUGGCCGCCAUGGAUAUAUAGUUGGCCAUAUAUUGAAGGUAAACGUACUGUACCACAAUAUCAAUGUUAUAUACAAUUUAUUGAAACAAAUCAGUAUAUUACAUUUGGUACUGCAUUGGCAGCAUUUUAUUUUCCUGUAACAAUAAUGUGUUUUUUAUAUUAUCGUAUUUGGCGUGAAACUAAAAAACGUCAAAAAGAUUUACCAAAUUUACAAGCUGGUAAAAAAGAUUCAUCGAAACGUUCUAAUUCAAGCGAUGAAAAUACAGCUGUUAAUCAUUCGGGUGGUAUUUCACAUGUUGGUGGCAGUGGAAAUAACGAACAUGAAGGAUGGCGUCGACCAAGAUCUGAAUCAUCAGCUGAUGCUGAAAGUGUUUAUAUGACAAAUGCAGUAUUAGCAGAUUCUAGUUAUUCACAUCAUGGUGGUACCAGUGGUAAUUCAGCUGGAGGAGGAGGAGGUAGUAAUAACAACACGGGUGGGGGAACUGGAGGUGGGGGUGGAGGAGCACCAUCUAGGAAAUCAAGUUUAUCAAAUGCAAACGGCCUAAAAAAAUCACAUAACUGCUUUAGCGGUAUAAAAGAAUGGUGUAUAGCGUGGUGGCAUUCUGGUCGUGAAGAUUCAGAUGAUUUUGGUGGUGUUGGUUAUGAACAUGAGGAACCAUCUGACUUAGGGUAUGCAACACCUGUAUCCAUAGAAACUCCUUUACAAAGCUCCGUAUCCAGGUGUACAUCAUUAAAUGUUAUACGUGAUCCAUAUGCAACAAAUCGACCAGGUAUGGUUAGUAUAAUACCAGAUGUAUCACCAUCACAACCAACAUCAACAACAUUAAGACCACAGCUGCCACCAUUAACACAAUUACAAGAAAUACCGGGACCACGUGAUUCGCGAUCAUUACCAUCAAAUAAUAGUAAUCGUCUUGGUUCACGUUCAGUUAGCCAAGAUUCUGUAUAUACAAUAUUAAUAAGAUUACCACCAGAUGGUGGUACUGGUGAUGAACGUGCACCAUCAAUUAAAAUGAUACAUGAUGAUGUUCCUUUACCUGUUAUGUCAGUACCACCGAGAAGACCUUUACCAUCACGUGAUUCAGAAUAUAGUUUACCAGCAAUUAAUCGUCGUAUGUCACAUGCAACACCAGAUAUACGUAUACCAUUAAAUGCAAAAAUUAUACCAAAACCAUUAGCAAAACCACCAUUAACAGCACGUCAAGCUAAAAAAAAGAAAAAAUCACAAGAGAAACGUCAAGAAACAAAAGCAGCAAAAACUUUAUCAGCUAUAUUAUUAAGUUUUAUACUUACAUGGACACCAUAUAAUAUAUUAGUUUUAAUAAAACCAUUAACAACAUGUGGAGCACAAUGUAUACCACAAGAAUUAUGGGAUUUUUUUUAUGCAUUAUGUUAUAUAAAUUCAACAAUAAAUCCAGUUUGUUAUGCAUUAUGUAAUGCAUCAUUUCGUCGUACUUAUGUUAGAAUAUUAACAUGUAAAUGGCAUACUAGAAAUCGUGAAGCUUUAACUAGAGGAGUGUAUAAUUAA